UUGGUGGAAAACCCCAAAACAACAACGUGCUCGACGUUUUGGGCUCAAAAUAUUUGGGCAUUUGUUUUUCGACUGACUCAAUUCGGAACAUUCCUCCGCGCAAAGUGACUCAUUUGGCCACUCGGUGGUAAGCUGGGCAUACAUACCAGAUGGAGUCGAGCCUGGAGGACUUGUCUAUCAGCCAGGAGCUCCAGAUGAGCCAGGAAUCAUUCCUGAAAGUCUGGGGCACCUACCUGACUUGCCCCUUCCCUCCCAAUGAAGAUAAUGACCCAUCGAGCACCAACCAGCUCCAAGGCUUGCCGGAGCAAUUUGACGAGAAUCUCUUCAACAUGGCGGCCGAGGCGCCCGUCAGCGACGGCGUGCCCCCGCCGGCCUCCACCGUGCCGGUCACCACAGACCAUCCCGGGGACUAUGGCUUCCUCCUCCGUUUCCACAACUCUGGCACCGCCAAGUCGGUCACGUCCACUUAUUCCGUGAUGCUCGACAAGCUGUACUGCCAGCUGGCCAAGACCAGCCCGGUGGAAGUGCUGGUGAGCAAAGAGCCGCCGGCGGGCGCCGUCCUCCGAGCCACGGCGGUCUACAAGAAGACGGACCACGUGGCCGACGUGGUGCGCCGAUGCCCUCACCACCAGAACCUGGAUGCCGCGGAGUACCGCAGCCAUCUGAUCCGAAUGGAGGGCAGCCAGCGGGCGCAGUAUUUCGAGGACGUGCACACCAAGAGGCAGAGCGUGACCGUCCCCUACGAGCCCCCCCAGCUGGGCUCCGAGAUGACGACCAUCCUGCUCAGCUUCAUGUGCAACAGCUCCUGCAUGGGGGGCAUGAACCGCCGGCCCAUCCUCACCAUUAUGACUCUGGAGACCCCUGACGGGCUGAUUUUGGGCCGCAGGUGUUUUGAGGUGCGCAUUUGCGCGUGUCCCGGCCGGGAUCGCAAAACCGAAGAGGAGAACAACACCAAGAAGCAAAAUGGCACCAAGGAAACCAAAAAACGGAAGAGCACCCCAGUCGCGGCCGCCGCCCCAGUUAAGAAGCCCAAACCAACUUCCAGCACCGAUGGAGACGACAAAGACAUUAUUUAUUUGGCGGUUCGUGGACGCGAGCGAUAUGAAAUAUUGAAGAAACUCAACGACGGCCUGGAACUGCUGGAAAAGGAAGGAAAAAACAAGUCCAAUGUGGCGGUGAAACAGGACGUGCCGCUUCCGUCCAGUGGGAAGCGACUCUUGCUCAAAGAAGAGCGCAGCGACACGGAUUAAAAAGUCUCACCAACAACAACAAAAAAAUCCCCCCACCCCCAAAAAAACAACAAACAAAAAACAUGCAAAUGGUGACGGAAAGAAUUUGUACUCUUAUUUUUCUAUGUUUCACUUAUCAUUCCUUUUUUAAAAUGUUUUUUACUGUAUCAUCAAAUGUACUUGACUGCAAUCUGACCAAAAUUGGGUCCCGGGUCCUCCGUUGUGAGCGGAGCAAGCUGUCUUCUGUUACGUCAUUCGGUGCUUUCCGGCAAUUUCUGCAGUACGCUCGCUUUUGAACCUUACGCCGUAAUCGUGAAUAAAUUGCUGCAUCCCUUUUUUUCAUUGAAUAAAAACCCCAAACUACA